GAACAUUUUUCAGCUGUGAAUUGAUUCUAUAUUUCUAAUAUGGUAUCAGAGCCAUCAUUCGAUCAAAAGCCAUCAUUCGAUCAAAACAAUUGAAUGAUACGCAGCGUUCAUCAUCUACCAUAAAAAAAAUGUCCGAUCCAACCCCAGAGAGUUCCACCUACACAGGGGAAUCCGAUCCAAUGAAGCAGCCAGUCAACCUUAAACAAAUUCUAGAAAUUCUCCAAAAUUUUCAGAAUUUAGCACCCAAGGCCGAACCUAUAGAGAGCUCUUCCAAUCAGCCGUUAAAUUUGGCAGAAAAACUCAACGAUAGGAACUACGCCAUUUGGGUGCGUAAAAUGAGUCUGGCUCUGGAUGGGAGAGGACGGCUCAAUCACAUCAUCGCCGCACCUCUCAAAUAUGAUGAUGCCAAAUAUAUUAAAUGGAGACAAGCAGAUUCACCGAUAAUAACGUGGAUAUUUGAAAACAUAGAAUCGGAUAUUGUUAAUCAAUAUAUCGAUUACCCUGCUGCCUGGGAUUUGUGGAAGGGGAUCGAAGCCACGUACAGCUCCGGAAAAGAUCCCCUCCAAAUCUACGACCUGAUGGUUAAGGCCAGCGAAAUCAAACAAGAGCCUUUUCCAUCAAUUGAAGAGGCGUACGCCCAAAUUCGAAGGGAGGCAGCAAGAAAAGGAAUAAUGAAAAGAGAAGGGCCAUCAUCGGGAGAAUCUCCCUCAGGAAUUGGCGGUGGCCUAGCGGCUACACGCGCGGCGGUGGGAUUAGAUUUUCGCCAAUCAUCAUCUCGCAUCUAUGAGGACAAAUCGCAGCUCAAGUGUAGCUUCUGUGGUGGGAUUAAGCAUACGGCCGAAGGAUGCUUCAAGAAAACUGGCUACCCUGAGUGGUGGCCGGACAGCCGGAAGAGAGGAAAAAAGCCACCGUUGCCGCCUGGAGUCGCUGGGGCAGUGGUGGGCAAUCUGGAGACCACCAACACCACCACCGACCAGAAACCAUCUCAAUUUAGAUGGAAGGAAACCACCAGCAACUUCGCCGGAGUUGCCAAGAAAGAAACGAAAGAAGGAAGGAGAGAGGAAAACUGCGCAAAAGAGAGAGGCGCAAGAGAGAAAGUGACGGCGGGUAGGGAUAUUCGGACAGGGAAGAUCAUUGGGUGUGGUUCUGAACGUAAUGGACUGUACUAUGUUGAUGAAGUUGAUUACUACGGAACGGCUAUGCUUGCUCAUGGGACAGUGGACAGGCAGGCAUGGCUGUGGCACCGUCUUUUGGGGCAUCCAUCUUGGGGUUUUCUGCGGCUCUGCCUCGCCACUUGUUCUCAGUCACCGUCAUCGACCAAUAGGCCACCGUUGCCGUUUCCGUGGGAAGUUCUUAGCCAAGACUACGAAAGUUCCUUUUUUGUGUCCGUGGCUAUGGCGUCUCCAUCAAGUGCUCCAUCUGAUGCGCAAAAGGCUAAAGGUGUUCAAGAUAUGAUGAAGAGUUUGCUUCAACGAGAGAAUGCGGAUUAUGCUAAGGCUGGAGAGUUAGUUGAUAGGCUAAUCGAGAGGGGUGGGCAUCUCUCGACAUUGGAGAGAUACCAAUCCGAAAGGGUACAAAUUCAACGCAAUCAAUUGCCCGAACCCACUCCGUGCGAACAUCUCGCGGUGCUUCUAGAAUGGAAAGCCAUAAUUGCUGCCCGUCUCGAUCAGGAUCCUGACGUUGCGUUCCAACAUGCAACCGAUUCCAUUAUAUUACGCGGAGACCGUUCACUUCAUAGAGUGGUGAAUUUCGAAGAAAUUGUGUCUAUAUUAGCUGAGGGCUUUUAUCGGAAGGGUCCUGAUUACCUGGAUGCUGCCAUUAACACAUACAUGUUUGCAUGCAAUCACCCGGGUUCAUCUGAGGAGUGGAAGAAGGCACAUAAGGAAACCCUAGAACAAUGGACCAGUGAAUCCAAUGCAGCGAGGGAGAAACUUGCCGAAGAGAUAAUGGCACAAGAACCUGGAGAGAGAGCACAGAAGAAAAAUCAAAGACAGAAAAAAAGACUCUCCAAGAAGGAACAAGCCGCCAUAAAAGGUGACAAGGGAUCACAAGAGAUGGAUGCAAAGAGUUUAGAUAAAAGGGAAGAUACCGAGGUGGAGGAAGUCUUUCACGGAUCGAAGAAUGAGGAAGACUUAUUCGGGAAGAAGUUUGAAAAUGUUUAUUCCUUCACCCAUUUUGAUGGCAUUAUAGAUUCUUGUGAGAGGGUGGAGAUGCUUGGCCUGGGCAAGGAAAUAGGGAUGUCUUUGGUGAAGCCUAGUGGCAAGCAACUUCUUCUGUUUGAGAGCCUCAGGCAGUUAUGUGCUUCACAUAGGAACCUGUUGACCAUCUUCCAUGUAGCACGCGAUGACAGUGCACACAUUGAAGGCCCUCAUUUACUUACGGAACGAGUAAGUACCAUUGAGGAGUACUUUAAGAGAAAGCUCUCUUGUUUGGAAUCGACGGUGCAUACCCCCCUCACAAUCGAAAUAUGGUGGCAGUUCAUUGAACAUGAGUUUCGGUGCAUGUUUAGGAACGUGGUUCAAGGCCUUUUACACUUAUACUUCAAUUGUCAACGUGGGUGUGGCCACAUAGCUUUCAACACUUUUGUUACAGACAAUGGCGAGGGGCGUAUAUUGCCUUCGAUGGAUAACAAUGAAGAGAAGGGCUAUAGCUCAAAGGAUGUUGAAGAUGAUGCAAAGGAGUUGACAAGCCUUAUGAAGCGUGUCAUUACCUUCCCAUUCAUUGAUGAAGUCAAGAAGACCGAAGAUGCAGACCUAGCGGUGAAUUUGCCUUCAGAGUUGGUGCAUUUCUUCAAUUUUACUUGCAAGUACAAGCCGGGUGUACCUCCAUACUUUUGGCUAGAUCAUCCCUACUUUUGGCAUGUACCCCACCGUGUCAAUUUUGUAUAUAAGCUCAGCAGGAUAUCAAAGAGGGAUGGUUGGGAAGUCUUUUUUCCUUCAGCUUUUUUAAAAGUAACCGGUGGGUCUUACCAGAAAUGGUGGAAGAGAUUGUCUGGUCCAUAUGAUGAACUUUGGGAAAAAGCGGAGAAAGGUAACAAUGAGGAGAAAGGGCAAGAGCUUAUGAAACAAGCGCCAUCCGGUUUCUAUAAGCUUAAACCUUAUAAGGAAGCAUAUGAUGUGGUUAGGUUUGUUGGGGCAGUUUAUAAGCAUAUAAAUGAUAUGGAAUAUCGGACAAGUAAGGAUGAAGAGUGUCAUGGAAGAAAGUUCAGGGAUUCAUUUGCCGAUACUGAUAUUGAAGCAGAUUUGGAUCACUUCUUUCCUGAUUAUUACACGGUUAUGUUUGAAACUGUGUGCUUCUGUGUAGACUCCAGAUCUAUUAAUGUUGGUUGCUUGAAGGAGAUUUCUAGUUUCCCUUUUAGCAGUAAUGUAUUCAGGAGGACAUCUCGCGAGCAGCACAUCUUAGGACUCGGUGUUAAGUUCCCUAAUGGUUUGCCCCCACCUCCAUCUCGAAGCUCAACUGAGUGCAAAAUCCAAGAAAUUACCAGAUUAUUGCAUCGCUUCUACUGAUUGAGCAAAGGAGAAUUUGAUUCUGGUGCCUUCGAGCUCCCAUCCACAAAUCCAAGCUUGUUUCUCGCACUCAGAGCAAUCUCACCCGAUCGUUUCCAUUGUGCAUAGUUGUCGCCAUUCAACUUCUGAGAUGCAAGAGAGAAAUUAGGCGUCUUCGUUGGAUGUAGAUACGGCUCGCUCUGUGGACCGAUUGAAGAAUGAGUCACUGUUUUCGCCAUGCCUUCGAAUAAGAUUUUGAUUUGGACUGAGAAAUGGAAUCGAGUUUUGACAAAUUCAGAUUGAAUCGGAAAUGAUAACGCCAAUAAAGCAUGGCUCUGAUA